CUGCUCCUGGCUCGCAAGCGCCUCCUGCCGCUGCUCCGGCGCCUAGGGGCCCGCUUGGGCUCCCGGGAGUCCCGCGAGGCGGUGCUCACCUGCCUAAUCUGCAUCCUCAACUUGCGCAAGAAGGCGGACGACUGAGACCUCGAACCGGACAGCGCCGUGCACCCAGCCAGGCGGAGAGAGCAUACAGCCCAGCAGUCAGCCCCGGAGCGGGGGGGAAGUUGCUCAACACUCUGCAGGAGCCAGGCCCCCGCCUGAGAACAGACUCCCCUCUUCCCAUCCCAGCUCUGCAGAGCUGCACCGUUUCCAGCCCUUCCCUGCGAGGAUCAUUUCCCUCAUCUUCUGAAGAUGGGACCCAUUCCCCCGCUGGCCCCCCUUCUCCUCUCACUCCCUCUCCCGCCUGUUUGCUGACUCUGGAAGGGAUCCCUCCCCUUGCUCUCCCCUCCCCCCCACUCCUCAAGAGACCUGGGAUGGUGUUUUUGUGACUGGUGCCCUGUGGAACAAUUGGAAACCCCACGUUUUGGGCCAUUUCAAAGGAAGCUGGAAAGAGGCCUGGGAAGUGAUCUGGCCCUGGGCCCUGGGGGACGGACUAGACGGCACCAACUGGGGCUUCUCCAUCUCUGUUUCUGGAGGCGGAGUUCAGCUGAAAUCCUGUGUCGUUUCCUUGCCCCGAGGCUGUGCAGGCUGCUGGCUGGAUCCUUCUCUGCCUUCCCUCUCCUUUGGCAGCUACAUGGGGAGUUUGGGGUUGUGAUAUCUCCUGAGGACUCCACAAGGCCCAUGCUGGGGGAAGGAUGUCCGGCAGCACAGUGAGGAAGGUCCAGCCCUUUACCAUCAGCACCAAGCUCUCCCUGCCCAAGUGCACUGGGGACUUUCCUGCGGGUUCCUGCCCUGAUGACACCACGGCUGCCCUGGAUAACCGAGUCCUGUGCCAGAACCUCAAUGAGCGUGUCCCCCUCUACUUGACCCAGGCUCAGUCCAGCCCAGUGCCCACUGAAGGUGGGUUCCGGAGCACCAGCUCAACUGAGGAGGGCAUCACCGAGGAGGACCAGCUCAACCGCAACUCGCUAGCCCGCUCUAUUAAGAAGAUUACACUAUCCAAUUGGCAAGGGGAGGCUGGCCCAGGUGAGGAGGGGGUUCCAGGGAGUCCUGGACACACCAGCUGUGAGAGGAAUCAUAACAACAACAACAGCAGACCGGGGAAGGCUCAUUUCAAGGUCUUUCUCAGAAAGGAAGUGGAUGUGAAGGAAGAAAAACAGGAGGCCAGGAGCCCCCACGCUGGUGAUUUCUGCUCUCCAGUGGACCAGGGCUCCCCGUUCCAUAUGGUUUCAGGGUGCCAUGCAGCAGCUGUCUGGAAGGAAAGUGUCAAGAACAAGGAGCCAAAUGGAGUGUCUGGGCUGAAAACUGGCAUCCAAAACAGUGCAGGGCAGGCAAACCUCCCUGCCCAGAGUCCUCUGAUAGUCCAGUUCAACCGAGAGAUAAUGCAGGCCGAGAGCUGGGUGCGAGGGAAGCUGCGGGACCUGAAGGACAGUGGCUGUAUCCAGGACUGGGAAUGGGUGACACAGACCCUGCAAAGAGACAUGAAGGAUUUUGAGAACAAGCUGAUCAAACUGAACCAGAUGGGUGAGCAGCUCAUGGGCCGGCCCAGCCCCAGCGUGGAGACAGUCAGGAGGCAGCUGCUGUCCCUGAGGGAGCAGUGGCAGUUGCUGAAGCAGACAGCCGCGAAUCAGAGCAAAGCGCUGAGUGGGCUGCGCAACCUGCAGGAAUUCAACAGGCGAGCAGAGCGGCUGGAGGCUUGGAUCCGGCAGAAGGAAGAGAAGCCCGUGCUGGCUGCCCUCCUGCAGCAGAGUGUGGACAAGAUCCAGCUCACGCGCCGCAUCCUUGAUUUAAAACAGGAGGAGCAGCAGUUCCAGGGCCUGCAUGAAGAGAUGAACAGCCUGGCCCAGAAACUGGAGAAACACGGCAAGAGUGAGAGCCGGAGCAUCUCCGCCCGGCGCAAGCACCUCAAUAAAAUGUGGCUGCGGCUCCAGGGGACCCUCAGGGAGCAUCACGAGACCCUGCAGCUGGCCCUGGAGGCAACUGCCUUCCUCCAGCAAGCAGACAUGCUCCUCAGAGCCAUCCACGCCAAGUGGAGGAGCCUGUGUGGCGUGGGGAAGCAGGGGGACUCUGAGCCCGGACGGGACCGAGAUGUCAGGGAUAUUGCCAGCCAGAUCAUGGUGUUGGAUGUGACCAUGUCCCAGCUCAUCAGCCUCCACCCCAGCCUGGCAGCGCAAGUCCUGCACAAACACCGAGACGUCAAGGAGAGCUGGGCCCAGCUUCAGCAGGUGCUGAGGAACGAGAAGUCGCCUUUGCCAGCCCUGACAAGCAGUUUGCCGAUGGAAGAGCCCAACACCCUGAGCCCUGAGCAGACAGCAGCCGGCAGCAGGGGGGUUGUGGGGAGGGAUGUUGGAGAGAAGCGGAGGAGGAUCCCAGGAAGUGUGGUGCAGAAGGACGUUGCAGGGAGCGUGAGGGAGAGUGGGAGGAGCGAGGAGGGCAGCCCCAGCUCCCCACGAGGGCAGGCCACCCCUGGCUGCCACAGCAACAGUAAGAGGAGGAGGAAACCCCCAGACACUGUGCGGGGCCCGGCCCAGCAGGAGGCCCAGCGGCAGGACUUCUGUCAGGCUGCUAAUGUGGGAGGGCAGAAGCUGCUGCGUGGCAGCCCUGGGGGGAGCUCCCAGGUGGAAGGUGUCCUCCAGGAGCUGGAGGGGCUGUGGGAGGAGCUGCAGAGGAGGCACCAGGAGAAUGGGGCGGCGCUGAGGGAGAUCGAUCAGGUUCUGCGGCUGGUGGGCGAGCUGGACGGGGCUGAGCACUGGCUGCAGGGGGUGGCGGGCUCGCUGUCAGAGCCCGCCACCGUGAGGAGCCCGGAGGAGCUCCGCCGGGACCUCCAGGAGAUCAGCUGCUUGGAGAGCCAGGUCCUGUUGUGGGGCAUGAGGCUCCAAGCCCUACGGGAGGAGAUGGGGCGAGAGCCCCCUGCAGAGCGCGGGAUGGCGGGGAAGAUUCAGAGCAAAGUGGAGAUGGUGGAGGAGAAGCUGGUGGGCGUGCGAGCGGUGCUGCGGCGGCGGGCAGAGGACCUGCGUGAUUCUCUGCUGCUGUCCGAGUUCCUGCAGAACGUGCAGCAGGAGGAGGUGCAGAGCCAGAGGACCCACACGCUGAGAGGGACCAGCCGGCGGGGCUCCCAGGAGCCUGUGCCCCCACCCUUGCACCCGCCCUUGGUGCAGGCUGGGCAGCAGCUGAGCCGUGAGGACAUGAGCAGCCCCCUGGGUGAGCUGCAGGAGGCCGUGGAGAUGCUGAAUGAUGUGGUGAAGGAGCGGGAGCGUGUCGUGGAGGCAGCGGCUGAGACUGACAGACUGCAGCGCCUGUUGGCCACAGUCUCCCCAUGCAUGGAGGCCUUUCGGUGCGGAGCAGAGGCGCUGGCCCGUGACCUCGCCCAGGUGGAGAGGAGCUUUGCCACAGUGAAGAGCAAGCUGGACCUGCAGGGGCUGCAGGGACUGUUGAGCCAGCAGCAGGAGAUGGAGUUCAACAUAUCUGAGGGCCUGGAGGAGAACAUGGGGGAGCUGGAGAAGGCAGCCAUGCGCCUGGACAAGUUCUGCCUGGCUCAGAUGCAUGACCUGGGCCAGCAGAUCCAGGGGAGGCUGCAGGCCUGGAAGGAGUUGCAGAAGCUGGUGCUGGAAAACAAGACCCAUGUGCAGCAGGCCUAUCGGCUGCAGCAAUUCUUUGCAAAUUACUUGGCCAUGAUCUCCUGGACAGAGGAUACGAGGGCUCAGAUCUUCUCCGAGAAUGUGAGUGCCCAUGGGCUCCUGGAGGCUCAUUGGGAGGAGCUGGAGAGGAAGAUUGAGGGCAAGUUCCAGGAGUUUGAGGAGCUGGCAGCCGCAGGGCAGAUGCUGGUGUCAGAGGAGCACUACCUGAGUGAGACGAUAAAGGAGCGCCUGGAGGAGCUGCGGAGCAUGCUGGGCUGGGUGCUGGUUCGCUGGCGCGCACAGAAACAACAUUGGGAGCCUGGGAGCAAAAAGGACCAGGACCCAUGUGCCCAAGCAGCUGUGCCCGAAGCAGAGAGCGUUCCGGACCCUGACGCUUGUAAAGGGCCUCAGCCCACGUUGCGCUCCCUCGCCUCGCCGCAAGGGCCUGGGACCCAGCCCCUGAGGCGCGAGGGAGAAGUGGCCUCUCCUUCCGCCCCAUCUAUCCCAGAUGCCCCGCAAGUGCCGGAGCAGAGCGGGGCCAAUCCUGCUGACUCCAUGCCACUGGAGGUGGAACCCCCCAAGGAGACUCUACUUCUGGAUCCUUUAGAGACCCCUGUGCUGCUGAUGCCACAGCCUGGGCCCAGCAGCCUGGGCGGGACAGUCAGCUUGAUCCUGAGUAUUGGCAAGAAGGGGGAGAAGAAGCUGCAGCUUGCGCAGGCUGGAGCGAUGCAGGGGGAGGAGUCCCUGCACAGGCUCCCUGGCAUUAAACCCUCAGGCUGUAAAACCUUUUGGAAGCGUUGCCAGGGGCUUUUAGGACACACUUUGGGUAGUUUAAAGCGAAAGAAAAAGCCGUCCCGCCGGCCCGUGGAAGAGGUGAGCACCUAUCUGCAGGUGAAGGAGAAUGAGGGGGCUCAAGAGGCUGCCCCUAGGAGCUCGACCGUGCCCCGGCCAGCCAAGCGAGCACCCACCAAAGCUCAAGCUUCUUUGGUCCCAAGCCCUGGGCCUGAGGCCACCUUCCACACCCUGCCCAAGAUCAGCUCCAGCUCCCUCUUCAGCAGUCCGAAGAGAAAUGGGCAGAGAAAGGCAGAGGACGCUCAGCUGCAGGACAUCAUGGGGGCAGGCCCCAGCAGGCUGCAGUCUUUGCUGGAGGAGAAGCACAAUCCCAGCAACACUUGGCCUUUGAAGUGCAGCAGUGGGAAGAAAUUGGCAGGGAGGGCGCCGAGCCCCAGGCUUGGGCAGCUGCAGGACCAUGAGAAAAACCCACUGGGGAGAGCCUCUGAGGCAGACCGUGGCACUGUCAGGGCAGCAUCACUUGGUCCCAAAGCUGAAUUCCUGAGGCAAGGCUGGGGGGCCAGCAGUUCCCAACUGGCAGUGGCGAAGAGUGCUUGCCGGCACCUUUCCCUGGGGUCUGUCCUGAGCUUGGAGCUGCCCAAGGACCUUGGUCUCCUUGGUGAUGUCCAGGAUGCCAUUACAGUAGUGCAGAAAGAGGUGCCAGGAAGGGAGGAAGUUAGGCAGAAUGGCGGGGUGAUCCCGUGGGACCCCAGUGGGGCAGAGAGGGAGGCAAAUGGUGCCAGCCCUUGGAAGGAGACUCGGAGCCAGCCACUGGCCACAUGCCAAAGGCCCAGCAGGCCAGAAGAUGCUUUCCGGAAGGCUCUGAAGAGCGAGGGAGGCACCUGGUUCGAAGAGGUGAGCUUCAACCCAAGCUACCGCAGGCCAAAGGCACAUGGCAUGGGAGCCACCCCCUGCGUGGAAGAACCAUGCACUCCCAGGAGCCAGGGCAGCGGCGGGGAUGAUUUCCUGGACUUCAGACUCAACCGGCUCUCCCGGAUCAGUGUGCUGCACGAGCAGAUUGGCCGCGAGUGGGACAAGCUGGCAGCCACGCUGGGCACUGGCAGGGCUGAGAAGCCAGCAGGCUGCAAUCCCAGACUCGGAGAAGCAACCAGGGCAGAGUUCAGGCCUUCUCCCACUACGCAUGCGAGUGGCACAGGAGGGGCCCCCAGCAUAGCCAAACCCGAGCACCCCACAGAGAAUGGCAAGCUAAAGGCAGAUCCCCCAGAGCAUCAGCCGGAGCCUGCCCCCUUCAGGGAGGCCUUGGAGGAAAGCCUGGUGACACGCCCUAGACGGUGUACGAACCUACCAACCCUGCCGCCUGUGUCUGAAAGCGAGCUUGGCUCCCAGCCGCGUGACGUGGCGUGGUCUGGGUUAGACCUCCAGGGCCUGACCGCAGACAUCAGGGUGGCUGGAUCAGGGCUGUCCAAAGGGGCAGAUCUCCCAGGCUCAACAGAGGUUUGCCACCCCGACCACGAGCUGUUUGAAGAGGAGGAGGAAGAGCUGCGGGCCAUCUGGAGGAAUGUGGAGGCGCACAACAAGCAGAGCCCCUGUGCAGACUCUGACGCCCACCCCACACUGGGGAACAAGGCAGACAAGGCGCAGAGCCCGGAGGUUUCCAGUGGGAGACUGAUCCUAACAUCAGCAAAUAACAUGCUGGUGGCCAAGUUCACCCUUCCCACGUCCAGCCAGCUCCUUCAGAGCCCAGACAGAGGCACCAGAGAUGGGCACAGUGGGGAGGGCAGCCCACGUGGGUUCUGGGCAUCCCUCCCCUGUCAAGAUGCACCACGUGGGGCAAAGGAGGCUGUAUCCGUGGGCUCAGUGGAGGGCACCUGCCCUCAGGACCAGCAGGAGCAUCAGGAAGAGGACAGAGACAUUCGCAAGACUCCCCCCAGUAAAGUGGAGUUCCAGAUGAUGGAAGGGACUCUGGAAAGGAAGCACGUGCUGCAGACGGGAGGCAGGAAGGCAACCUGUCGCACCUGGCACCUGUUCCACGCGGUGCUGAUGAGGCAGACGCUGUGCUUCUACCAGGACAGGAAGGAUACUCUCAAGAGCUCUGUGGUGGCCUUGCCCCUGAACCUCUUGGGAGCACAGUGUGCCCGGGAAACAGAGUACACCAAAAAGACCAACUGCUUCAGGCUACAGCUGCGGGAUGGCUCUGAGUACCUCCUGAGAGCUCCAUCCCAGCUGCUCAUGAGCCAGUGGGUCUCCAAACUGCAGCAGAACUCAGGUUUCCCUGAAGUGGAUUAUUUCCAGGCAGUCACCCAGCCUGCCGAAGGGGCCAGUUCUGCUCCAGGACCCAGCAAGAUCUGUGGGCCUGGAAGCGCCAGCAGUUCCCACCUGCUUGAACAUCAUCAGCCUGUUACAGCCAAGAACCAAGAGAUCACGUUGCUGCCCAAAUUUAGGGCCAGGUUGCAGCCAUGUUAUGGGACUCAGGAGGACUCACUGGAUUCUGCAGCCUCCCAAGCAGGAGAUAAUCCCAGACCCGACAGCCACACAACAGGGCACAAGCAGUGCCAGUGGUUGCGUGCUGGGUCCCCAAGGCCCCAAGAGGAUGAGGAUGCGCUGGUGACACACAAGAGGAGGUCCCACUCAUUCACCUCAGCCACGUACCAGAAGAUCACUCCGGUGUCGUUGCCCAAGGAGCCCUUGGAGGCUGGGAGCAGCUACUCCAUCACGCUGUACAUUGGGGAGCAGGCUGUGGUCAUGCCCAGGGCUCGCUGCCACUCCUUCGUGGCCAGGCCAGGGAGCCCAAGGGAAGGCGCCCCCUCCCACCACAAGAACAAAUCCAUCUUUAAAAAGUUCUUUGGGAAGAAAGAAUGAGCCCAGGAUGGAUUGCAUGGGGGCUUGAAACUGGCAGUGCUUCCUCCAUUCAGGCCUGCUAGCUACCACUUGUGGUAUUCUAGCAGGACCUCUUCACCCAGCAGCUGCCUGCAGGGCCUGCUUCCUCCCCAAGGCUGAUGGGAGUACUGGGGGGAUGGGAGGGAGAGAGAGACUGCACUGCUGGAUCGGACUAGCCCAGGGUCAGCCUGGCUCCAUGGUGGCUGCACUGGCAGACACAUUGCUGUAUGGACCAGAGCCUUCUCUCUGAGUUUGCAGGGUCCGGUCUCUGUGCCAGUGGAGCUGAUGGAGCCCUGUGGGGGGAGUGUCAGGCAGCUGGUUCCCCAGACACCCCAAGGCACAUGCUGCUCAGAGCAAGGAAAGGAGAUUAUUAGUGUUAUUAAAACCAAACAAACCAAA